ACCUUCCGAACAAACUCCGUGUUGACGGUCUCCAUCAACAUAGUCAUCCCUUCUCUCCAAAACUCCUCUUCCCCUAAUUUUUUCUGCAUUCAUAAUUCCAUACUUCCUAACCUAAAACGAAGCUACUAGCUCAGCAGCAGCUGCGCACUGAUCAUGGCUCAUGAUAUAAUCUAGACGCUUUUAAUGCUGAAUAUUCAAGUAUUACUCCCUUCACUGCUUAAUGUUGUAAAUUGAUUUUUAUUUUCCGGAAACCUUACCGAUGUGGAGGACAUCGUUUAGCUUGCUGAGACAUCGCCCUCCGCCGGCGCGGACUAUCAUGACGGCGGAGAGGAGGUGGUGGAGCCCGUGCUCCGAUAGGUGUAUCACUAACUAUGGCAGCUGUUUCAGCGGGUUUAGAUUGAUCGGGUCGAGCUAUUGUAGUUAUGCGGCCAACGGAGGACAAGAGGAAGGUAAAGGCGAGGGAAAAGAGAAAGGAGAGUUGGUGUCGGAGGCGGAGGUGAAGAGACUUAUGAGGUUGGUGAACGUGAAGGCGUUGAAGGAGAAACUGGGGAUGGAGGAGAAGGAGGUAAUUGGUUACUCAGAGCUUUUGCAGGCGUGUGAGAGAACGUGCAUUGUGAAGUCUCCCGAGGAGGCUGUUGUCUUUGCUCGUGUUCUGGAUGAGGCGGGUGUUGUUUGGAUGUUUGGUGAUAAAGUCCAUCUUCGCCCGGAUCUGGUAGUAGACCAGGUGAGGAAAGCAGUGCCUGUCGCACUUCUACCUGAAAAUGAUCCAUGUAAGUGUGAGCUGAGGAAGCUUCUGCAAAUAAAGGAGGGUAUGGAAAAGCUUGCACACAAGCAGGUUCGCCGAAUCCUAUGGACUGGUAUGUGGGCCACUAUGAUACAGAUUGGGCUUUUCUUCCGACUCACAUACUGGGAAUUAUCUUGGGAUGUUAUGGAGCCCAUUGCUUUUUUCACCACAGCAACGGGGAUAAUCAUAGGUUAUGCUUACUUCUUAGUCACAUCAAGAGACCCGUCAUACCAAGAUGUAUAUAAGAGGCUCUUCCUUUCGAGGAUGAAGAAGCUCAUCAAGAAGGAUACUUUUGACAUCCAUAGGUUAGUGGAGUUGCAAAAGAAAUGCAAGCUACCUUUGGAUGGGCCUGCUUCUGCUAAGAGACAACGGAUGGGAAUAAAGUUGGAGCUGGAGGAACUUAUACAGUAGAUUAAUGUGCAGAGUACAUUAUUGAUCAAUGCUCUUUUCUUGUUUCACUUUAUAUUUUAAAAAAUCAAGGCGGGUUAGAUUAAUUAAUACUGAGUAAAAAGGUUUUAAAAAAAUGGUAAAAGUACGUGGAAAAGUUUGAUACUCUGAUAUGACAAAUUCAGUUAAAUAUUACAAGUACCUCGUAUCAUACAUAAGUUAGAGAUGUUGUACCUCAUCCUAGAACAGACAAAAAAAAUUACUCUAUUUCAUACCCAACCCGGGCUGACCCAGCGUGACCCGGUCCCGGUUCUAACCUCGGCCAGUACCAAGCCUGAAUAUUUUGGACCCAGAGCUCACCCCAGCCUGACCCCACCUGGGCCCAGUACCCCUACUUGGAUAGUUGGAUUCUUGUUUGAGACAGGUAAUGUGAUUUGUGUGAGUUACAUUGGUGUAAAAAUAAUUCAGGACUAUAAAUUGGAAUGCAAUGGGUAUCGACUAUGCAGAAAUUGAAAUAUUUGAUCUAUUUACUAUAAUGCCAGGAAGCAUUACAUUUUCAGGCUUGGUGGCUUGGUGCUUUUUAGAGUUUGGAAAUCAGAUUAACUCAUCAUUCAAUGAAUUACUCAAAUGAACAGAUGUUUUGAUGAUCAGACGUUAAUAUGUAAUUUUGAAUCUUUGAUUCAACACUUGGCGCCUUAAAUGAUUAGAACAAUAUCACGAUCAAAUAAAAUCCAGAUCAUUCUUGGCAUCUCUGGACUACAUCGGCGUCUUAUAUUCGAACUUGCCCUCCAAUCAGUGUUUUUUAUACAAAAAAUCCUCCUGCUUCUGUAAUUUAGGCCAGCACGGGAGGGAUUGACAUUCAAGCUUCUCAUUACUCGACUAACUAAUUAUUAAUUACAAACAACUCUUCUUCCAUCUACUACCCUAUGGUUACAUCAGCUUGUACAACCCAUUCUUUUUAUAUAUCACGAACUCACUUUCAAGGCUGCACAGAAGAUCUAUGAUGGAUUUCUCCGUGGACCCAUUGAAAUGCUCCAUGAGUGUGUUUCAGGUUCCAACCGACCAUUGGGGGUGGUUUCAUUUUCACCAUCUCCUUGACAAGGAUUAUAAAACAAGUCUAAGUUCACAACUUACCCCAUCAUGAAAACUCUUGAGCCAGCAUAGUAAAGAUUCCUCCGUCGCUCCCAGUGCCAUUGAUGUUAUUGUCUCUGGCGCAUGAAUCUUUUGGCGUUUUGCAGAAAUUGGUGAAAGCUCAUCCUCAACAACAGGCAUGCUCUCAGUCUGGAGAUUAAAUGCUGAUCCCAUUUCCCCACACGAAGAACAAUCAAUAUUAUUAAUUGUUUCUUCAACUUCUGACAGCUCAUUUGGUUCAACAGUUGUGGGAUCAGGCUGCUGGUUAGAUGAAAAUACAUCAUCUGAUAUUCCCAACUCCUGCAUCGUCAAAUAUGCCUGGAUCUGAGGAUAAGUCACCUAAUCAUUCAGAAAAAACAAUUUGAUUUAUCAUGAAAUGGAUCCGAGGAUAAUCUUUCGCAUGAUCAUUCAGAACAAUCAAAUUUAAUAAUCAAUAAAUGUGUCAUUCUAAACUCUAAAGCUAUAUAAACUGACAUGUAUAGUCAGUUCCUAUUAUCAGUCAGGGUUCAUCACCCAAAAUUAUUAGUUCCUUUUUAAUAACUAUUUUAUGAAAUUUAUGCACAUCAAGUA